AUGACGAUAAGUUUUCAAAACCAAACGAGUUCUUCAUUUAGCAUAUUUAAAUCAUUGACAAAAUAUUUCGGAUUAAAAGCUCUUGUGCCGAUAAAAAAGGGAACAUUUAUAGUGGAAUUUUUUAAUGAAACUCCAUUAGAAAAAGAUAAAUUGGAUCACAACCUUGAUAGUUAUAUAAAAGAAGGGUUGUGGCGUACCCAUUUUUCACCCUCCGAGGCGAACGAGCUCACCGCCGAUGCAAAUUGUAAUCUUCAAAUUUGGCUUGUGGGGGAUCAAACAAAAAAAGGAGCUUUCGCAAAAAGAGAUAUACCAAAAGGUGAAGAACUUACAAUAGAUUAUUCAGUUUCGGCCAUCGGAUAUAAAAUAACUCAUUCCCCUGAACUUCGUUAUGGUGCCGAUAAAUUUUACCUGGGAGAAAUUCGUCCAAUAAAUGAUGAUGUUUCGGAUAUGCUCAACUUUAUUGGGCAUAUGUUACAAGCCUCAUAUCGUUCUGAAUUAGUGACAAAAGUAAUGAAUAUGCUUGAGAUAUUAGAUGUUUUGUAUAAAGUACAAUUUCCGAACAAAGAAAUUAUAAUUAAUUCCGAGAUAGAAGAGAGUAUACGUAAAUUCAAAACUCGCGAUGAAGAAAUACUGAGGGCCAUAAAAAGAUUGCGAAAAAAGUGGGAUGAACUUCCUGAUCAAGAGUGGGCUGAUAAUCAAGAGUGGGAACAUAAAGAACAUAAAGAUUAUAAAGAACGUAAAGAAGAUUAUAGAGAACGUAAAGAAUAUAAUGAACGUAAAGAAGAUUAUAGAGAACGUAAAGAAGAUUAUAGAGAACGUAAAGAAGAUUAUAAAGAACGUAAAGAUUAUAAAGAAUAUAAUAAAGAACACAAGGGAUAUAAAGAUAAAAAGAAUUUUAGUUCGAAUAAUCUCGGUAUUUCAAAUAAAAGAGGAAAAAUGAAGUUCACAUCAAUUGUGAAAGAAGAAUGUGAACAAUAUAGAGUUCUAAUGGAUGAAAUGACGUUUAGUAAACAUAAAGAACGGUGCAUUAAUAUGUUAUACGAUAAAGAAUUACGAUUCUUUGAUAAAGAAGCACGACGAAAAGAUUUCAGUUCCGACGUUAUAACUUAUAUGAAUAGCAUUCGAUCUCGAGUUUCCAAGUUCUUGGAUGAUUACAUGAAUAAAUUAGCAAAAAAAGAAAAGGAAUGUAAAGAAUCAUCAUCAUUAAAAGAACCAAGGGAGGAAGAAUCAAAAGAAUCGAAAGGGGAUGGUGAUACCAAUGCUUCUUCUAAUAGUAUUUCUCCUUCUAACAAUACUAUUACUUCUUCUUAUAAUACUAUUACUUCUUCUGGUGUAAAGAGAGAACUCGAUGAAGAUGAAGGAGACGAACAAGACAACAAAAGAUAUAAAAUAUAA